AUCUAGAUCUACUAAUGUUGUGUGUCAGGUCCAAAGUUCAAAUCAGAGACAGAACUCUGAACCUUUCGGGUCAGGAGUCGGAAUGAGAACUUUAUAAAAAUAGAGGUCAUAGCAUAGCUGCGACACGUUGUUGUGCGUAUUAGCAGAAGCCAGUUCUGUCAGCGAAGCAUAGGCCUCGCGCUUCUUUGAAAGAAUCUAGAGUUUGGCUUUGGACUUUGUAUUUUCGACUUUUUCGUCAUGAAGAUCAGUAAAAUUCUCUCUUCUGGUUUUUUGUCUGGUAGAGUGGCCUUAGUAACGGGUUCUACAGGUGGCAUUGGUGAAGGCAUUGCUCGAUGCUUAGCCAGUAGAGGGGCCAACGUGGUCAUUAACGGAUUUGGAGAUGAGCAGAGCAUCAAUAAAUUGGUGGAGUCCUUCAAGAGUGAUUACAAUGUUGAAGCAGAGUUCAUUGGGGGAGAUCUGUCUAAAGCUGAAGAUGUCACAGCUUUGCAUAAAGAAGCUGUCAAGUCUUUUCCUAGUGGAAUUGACAUUUUGGUGAACAAUGCUGGUUUCCAGCAUGUGUCUUCCAUCGAAAAGUUUCCAAUGGAUGUGUGGAACAAGAUGAUGGCGCUCAUGCUGUCUACUCCCUUCCAGCUGUCACAGCUGUGCAUGGACAGUAUGAAGGAAAAAGGUUGGGGUCGGAUUAUCAAUGUCUCGUCUUGUCAUGGACAUAUUGCUUCUCCAAACAAGACGGGAUAUAUUUCUGCCAAGCAUGGAGUAGUAGGACUGACCAAGGCAGUGGCAGUUGAAGUCGCUGGCAGUGGUGUCACUUGUAAUGCCCUGUGUCCUGGUUAUGUGGAGACGCCUUUAUUUAUCAAGCAAGCUGAGGACAGAGCCAAAGCCCAAGGGAUAACUUAUGAUGAGGGAAGGGCCCAAAUCUUGCAAGUGCAUCCUUCAAAAGAAGCUGUUCAGUUAAAUGAUCUGGGAGAAGCUGUGGUCUUUAUGUGCUCAAGUGCUGGAAAUCAGAUGACUGGACAGUCUUUGAUCUUGGAUGGUGGCUGGGUGGCGAACUAGACACUGAGAGGC